AUGUCUUUUAACGAUACCGUAGUGAUUGUGACAGGUGCUAGUUCUGGUAUCGGUGCCGCUGCCGCAAUAAAGUUUGCGAAAGAAGGGGCAAAUGUAGUUAUUGUCGCGAGAAAUAAGGAAAAGUUGAUUGGUGUUGCAGAAAAAUGUGCGGCAAUUGGCAAUAAGCCCCUUGUCGUUGUAGCUGAUUUGACCAACGAUGCGGGCUUAAAAGAAACUAUUGACACUACUCUAUCCCACUUCGGAAAGUUGAACGUUUUGGUGAACAAUGCCGGUAAAUGCGCUUUUGUGGAUAUAGUGUCAGAAAAUGUUAUGGAAAAAUUCGAUGACAUCAUGGCCAUUAACUUACGAGCUGCAGUAUGUUUGACCAGUCUCAGCGUACCACAUCUCAAGAAGUGCGGUGGGAAUAUUGUCAAUAUAUCUAGUGUUGGUGCACAUGCUGUUCUUUUCCCGGCUAACUUUGCGUACUGUACUUCAAAAGCAGCGUUGGAUCAUUUUACGAGAGCUGUCGCCUUAGAUUUGGCGGCUCACGGUGUACGCGUGAAUUCCAUUAGCCCUGGACCAGUGAAGUCCGAUUUUAUAGAUACAUUCGUUUUAGAUAAAACAAAGCAUGAUGAUGUUUGGGAUGCUAUGGCAAAACGGACGGCUCUUGGAAAACUUAUUGACCCUGAAGAAAUAGCAGAUAUGAUACUGUACUUGGCCAGUGAUAAAGCUACGAGUAUCACAGGAUCUUCGUUUGUUGUAGACGGUGGAAUGCUUCUUAAAGGCUAAAUAAAUAGUGUACAGCAAACAUGUGAAAUUGGAGUAUUAGAUAUUACCUAUCAAACGUUAUUGUGUACAUUAUUAUGGCGUUAAAAUAGUGCGGUAACGCUAUAAAAAUAUCAUAAUUGAAUCAUAGUUAUAUUUUUGGUGUUUAAAUACAGUCGCUAGGUACCGUAGGUAGGUAUUUC